AUGGGUUCCAAAAGGCCAGAUUUUGGUGAUGGUGCUAGCCCUGGGAAGAUUUUCAUCGGAGGUCUCGCAAAAGACACUACUUUAGAUACGUUUGUGAAGUAUUUUGGCAAGUAUGGAGAGAUUACGGACUCGGUUAUCAUGAAAGAUAGGCACACAGGUCGGCCACGGGGUUUUGGUUUCAUCACCUAUGCCGACCCCUCCGUUGUUGACACUGUUAUCGCUGAAACCCACAUCAUCAAUGGCAAACAAGUUGAGAUUAAACGAACCAUUCCAAAAGGAGCUGCUGAAUCCAAGGAUUUCAAGACAAAAAAGAUUUUCGUUGGUGGGAUUCCCACUUCUAUGACGGAAGAUGAGUUCAAGAAUUUCUUCUCCAAGUAUGGGAAGGUUGUAGAGCAUGAGAUCAUUCGAGAUCAUGUGACAAAGAAGUCCCGAGGCUUUGGAUUUAUUGUGUUUGAUAAUGAACAAGUAGUUGAUAAUAUCCUGGCUGAUGGAAAUAUGAUAGAUAUGAUGGGUACUCAGGUUGAGAUCAAGAAGGCUGAACCAAAGAAACCUUCGAACCCAACACCUGCUCCUGCAUAUGGUAGUGAUUCUAGGGGACGUGCAUUUGGAGAUAGUAUUGGAGGAUUUGGCAAUUCCUAUAGCAGUUUUGGCAGUGGCAGUUUUGACCCUCCUUAUAGGUCAAUGGGAUCAAGUCUUGGUGGUAGGUUUGGCGACUAUGGAGGAUAUGGUGGUGCAAGUGAAUUUGGUGGUCGAUAUGGUGAUUUUGCCAGUAGUGAAUAUGGUUAUCGAGGGGAUGGCCCUCUUGGCUAUUCCAGUCGGUUUGGUUCUUAUGGUGGUGGCUAUGGUGGAGGUUAUGGUGGUGGGUUAGGUGCUUAUGGCCGUGGCGGCGGCUAUGGGAGUUAUAGUGGUGCUGGUUCCGGCCCUGGUGCCGGUUAUGAUUCCGGCCCUGGUGCUGGUUAUGGUGGAGGAUUGUAUGGAAGUAGGGCAGAUUUGACUAAGAUAAACCAGAGUACUAGCAAGAGGCUCAGUCUAGAAGAUGAAGGCCUAGUUUGUAACCUCUUAUGUGAUGCCAAUUUUAUUUCUUCUUAUUUAGUGUGGGUUAGAGAAUGGAACUUAUGCUGUCAUUUUGAGUUAGACAUCUUAUCCUUCCGAUACUAUUUGUGGCUACGUCGUCGUUUCCGUCGUUUCAAAGACGGGCAAAAUCUAACAUCUCCCCACUCUCUCUCUCUCUCUCUCGUCGUAAUCCUUGAAUCGCAGCAGUCUUCUACAGGGCUACAUCUGUAA